GAAAGAUCAAGCCUUCGAAAACGAGCCGUUUUUCUUUGCAGCUGUCCCAUAUUGCAGAAUGAGUAAUUUGGUCAAUAGCCUUCUGUACGGCUUCUCAAGCAUAUUGUCGUUUGGACCGGAUGUUCCCAGAGAAGACGACGAAAAGGGCGACUGUUCAGGCGCCGGAGCCGACGGAAACUGCUGUAAAACCAAGGCAACCCCAGACACCAAGGUGAUGGAGCCGAGUCCUGGAUCAGUAACGCAAUCCGGCUGUUGCCAAUCCAACAAAGAAGCAUCGGAAUCCAAGGACGGCUGUUGUCAAUCUAACAAGGAAUCGGCCGCAUCCAAGGACGGCUGUUGCCAAUCCAGCAAAGAAUCCUCGGUGUCCAAGGACGGCUGUGCAUGCGAAUCGCAUACCGGAUCGGUCGAUAUUAACUCGCUCAAGAUCUUUUAUUCGUCAUUAACCGGUACCGCCAAAGAAUUUGCCGUGGAGUUACAAACAAAGCUUCAAGCUGCCGAACAUGUUCACGUCCAUGAGCUCCAAGUGCUUGAUAUCACAGAAUACGACAAUGACAACCUGCUGACGGAAACCUCGGUAUGCAUUUUCGUCUUGUCGUCUUAUAAUGUCGAAGGACCUCUGGACUGGUUUACAAAGUGGCUCCGUGAUUUGCGUUACGAUUUCCGAGUCGAUCGCUUAGCGCUGCAAAAAUUGCGAUAUGCCGUGUGUGGUUUGGGUGAUUCAGCUUACGGGGACGAAUUCAAUGUGGCUUCUCAAGACAUCGACAAAUGGCUUGGCCAGUUGGGCGCAACCCGAAUUUAUCCUUUAGGCAGCUGUGAUAAGAAUGCCGAUCAAAAGGCCCAAUUUGACGCUUGGUCAGAACAGUUUAUUGGCGAGUUGAGAGACAAGCGAUCGUUGGAGUUCUCACCGACGAAUAUUGAGUAUGAUUCGGAAGGCGAAGAUGAAGAGGAGUCGGACGAUGUCAACGUUGGCUCGGGUGAGGAAAUGGUCGAUUUGGAAGAUAUGGGUAGUAUGGCGGCCAAGAUCAAGGAAAGCAAGAAGAAUCGAGCGGAUGAAGAAGAGGCCUUCAGUAACAGCAAAGCCCGAGCAAAACGAUCCAUUGGCGUCGACGGAAAGACGGUGAGUCGUAAAGCGGCCGGGUCAACGGAAGUGCGCGAAAUGGUGUCCCCGAUGCUUCACAAGAACUUGACGAAGCAAGGGUACAAGAUUGUCGGUACCCAUUCCGGUGUCAAGAUUUGUCGCUGGACUAAAUCGGCGUUACGAGGUCGAGGCUUCUGCUACAAGCACGCAUUUUACGGUAUUCAGAGUCACUUGUGUAUGGAGACCACACCUUCGUUGGCAUGUGCCAAUAAAUGUGUGUUUUGCUGGCGACAUCACACCAAUCCUGUCGGCACCACGUGGCGAUGGAAGAUUGACGAUCCCAAAUUUAUCUUGGACGGUGCCAUGGAAAAUCACUACAAAAUGAUUAAGCAGCUCAAAGGUGUUCCUGGUGUGAAAGCCGAUCGUUUCCAAGAAGCAUUUACCAUUCGUCAUUGUGCGCUUUCCCUGGUUGGCGAGCCCAUCUUUUACCCGCAUAUCAAUGAAUUUGUGACGCUUUUGCAUGAAAGAAAUAUUUCCUCGUUCCUUGUGACCAAUGCUCAAUUUCCCGACAAAAUUGCAGACAUGGUCCCUGUGACACAGCUUUAUGUCAGUGUCGACGCAGGCACCAAAGAAGGCUUGAAGAAGAUUGACCGUCCCUUGUUCAGAGACUUUUGGGAACGAUUCUUGGGCAGUUUGGAGUCGCUUGGAAACAAGGGACAACGAACGGUUUACCGCUUAACGUUGGUCAAGGAUCACAACACGGAAGAAAUUGACAACUAUGUGGAAUUGAUUCGUCGCGGCCGACCAUCAUUCAUUGAAGUCAAGGGCGUGACUUAUUGUGGUUACAGUGGAGCCAGCAAUUUGACCAUGGCCAAUGUUCCUUAUCAUGUGGAAGUGGUGGAGUUUUGCGAAAAGAUUGUCGAGAAAUUGGGUGGAGGUUAUGAAAUUGCGGCAGAGCAUGCUCAUUCUUGCUCCAUUCUGAUUGCCAAAACGAGCUUCAAGGUGAAUGGAGAAUGGCACACGCAUAUUGAUUACCCUCGAUUCUUUGAACUUGUCAAGAGCGGAGAGCCUUUUACCGAUCUCGAUUACAUGGCCAAAACUCCUGACUGGGCCAUCUUUGGUACCCCGGAAGCCGGAUUUGACCCUGAAGAAACACGAUGGUAUAGAAAGAACCGAAAAACCAUGCCUCCCGUGGAAGUGGCGGCGUCAUAAAGCAAUUCUAUUUUCUUUUAUUUAUUCCUCACAUUUACCAAUAAAAAAAGCAAUUAAAGACUCGGACC